AGAUGCACACCCGAACGUGAAUUAGCGCCGACAACAAGAGAUUACACGAAAAAAGAAAUAACACACGUAUUACUGUUACUGUUAUUUGUCAUCAUUUCGCGUUGACGUCCUUCUUCUGGUAGUGCCCUUCUACCCCCGGAAAAAUAUAUAAAUAUAUAUGUAUGCGCACAUGUGUGUGGUUUGAACCAUUCACGUGUUGCAUAGAAACCGAAGAAACUGUUGUUUCCCCUUCUCUUUUUUCCAACUGUGUAUACAUACGCACCCCCAUUACUUUCCCCGAAAGAAAUUGGUUUUCCUGAGUCCCGCCUUCAUAUUCACCUUUGCCGUGCACUUAUGUGUGUGAUCUUCCGCAAAGGGGCCAGGUGAAGAAACACAACUUUUGUUCUUGUGGUGUGUGUGUGUGUGUGUGAUUCCCCUUUGGUGAAGCUGACAUACGCGUACACGUAUCUUUUCCUCUUCCGUUGGUUUUGAUUUUUGUUUGUUUGUUUUACUGCCUUUACCGAGCAGGCAGCGUAGCUUGAUAUAUAUAUAUAUAUAUAUUGGUCUUCUUCUCGCCUCUGCCUAUUGGAGCUGAGAACAGUUGUUUUUCCUGCUUUCAGUGGAAGACGAAUACGGAACAGCGCAACCGUUGUCAUAUUGAUAUCUAAGUUGAUAUACACAAACAGCCAAACAAAACACACACAAAAACCUUUUUUUCUCCUUUCCUGCUAUUCUCGGACAAUACAACCCAAGUGAAGGGGGAGUAGAAAGAAAACAAAAAAAAAUACAAGCAAAGUAAAAGGAACAAGGAACAAACCCUCAUCACCUUUGCGAAAAGAAGAGAACCACACGAAGAACAGUAAACAAGAGAGUCCUUUUUCAUUUAUUGCUGCAACUUAACUCACGAGCCUCGUUGUCUACAGUUUGGGUACGCUGCAACACCCAUCUUUUCAUAUUUUGCAUGAACAGCCGAUUUCACAUCCUCAACAACGUUGAAAGAACAAAAUACAGUUACCUUAUCCAUUUUUUUCUUCUUUGGGUUUCUUCGUUUACGCGUUGCUUUUUCUAUCUUUGUCAAGCAACAUCCGACUCGAACCUUCGGGGGUUAAGCAAGAAAUACAAAAAGCGAAAGGACGAAAGGACGUUCUCUUUUUCUCCGUUUCCAGCUUAAAAACAAAAACAAACAGCUGCGGCCCGACGCUACCACAACUACGAAGCAAUUUCCCUUUGUCUUUUCGUGCAGCUGCUCAACAGCCAAUAUUGCCUAUCUUUUGUUUUUGCUCUCCGUCUAUCAAGGUAGUUGCCGCCUUUUCUUUCUCUUCUUUCUUUACCGUCAUCAUCAGCUAGAGAAAGUGCAGGAGAGGCAGAGGCGAGAUGCACUUCACUUCCGAAUCUGCAGCGACCGCGAUGGACGAGCGCAGCAAGCAGCAGCAGCAGCAGGAGCAGCCGGUGCAGCUCACCCAUGCCGACCGCAUCGCGCAAGCCACCCACACCCAGGACAAGGCGUGGAGUGUGAUGAACAAGCAGUGGUACCCCGACUACCACAUCGCCUCUUACGCGGGCUGGAUGGGCGUCCCUGGCGGCCUGUGCUACCACAAAGGCGUCUACCAUGUCUUUUAUCAGCACAACCCGUACAGCGAAAACUGGGGCCCGAUGCACUGGGGUCACCUGACGAGCGAGGAUCUCGUGCACUGGCAGCACCAGCCGAUCGCCCUCGCGCCUGGCGACUCCUUCGAUCGCGACGGAUGCUUCUCCGGCUCCGCGGUGAGCUUCAAUGAUAAACUAUACCUUUUCUACACGGGGCACUCCUGGCUGACCGAAGAGGAGAAAGCAGCCUUGUACGGCAGCAGCAGCGCCACGGACGAGAACUCCUCCUUUUACCAGCAGCAGUGCGUGGCGGUGAGCAGCGAUGGCAUUCACUUUGAGAAGCUCGGUGCGGUGGUGCGACCCUCGCCGGGCUACGUCCACUUCCGGGAUCCGAAGGUAACGUUCCGGGAGGGCCGUUGGUGGAUGGUGUGCGGCGCGCGUGACUCCGCGAAGGACCUCGGCCAGCUCCUGCUCUUCACCUCGGACGAUUUGGAGCACUGGGAUGACUCGGCGUGGCAGGUUCUGGCGGUCACAGAGGACAAGAACGUGUUCAUGUGGGAGUGCCCGGAUCUGUUCCGUCUUGAGCAGUCCGAUGUGAUGCUCUUCUCCCCACAGGGCAAGCGCAAGGUGGGCUACGUGAACCGCAACCGUUUCCAGAGUGGGUACAUGCUGGGUGCGUGGAACACGUCCAUAGCGACAAGCGCGCUGGCGACGAUCGCACAGAAGAGUGCGGCUGCACCGCCCAGUCGCGGUGCGCGUCGCCUCAUCGGCCCGUGCCGGCUGACCGAAUUCAACGUUGCGCAGCGCUUCCGCGAGAUCGACCGGGGUCACGACUUCUAUGCUCCGCAGACCUUCGCCACCGUCGAUGGACGUCGCAUCAUCGUGGGCUGGCUAGACAUGUGGGAGAGCCCGAUGCCAACGCGCGAGCACGGCUGGAGCGGGUGUCUGACGCUGCCGCGAGAGCUGGUGCUGGAUCCCUUUACGGGCAGCAUUCGCAUGAUCCCCCCGCGGGAGCUGCUGCAGCUGCGCUGUGCGCAGGCUACCAUCCCCCCGCAGCGCAUCAGCGAGAGCACUGACAUGCUGCUCGUGGAGGACUGCACGGCGUACGAGUUGGAGGUGACGUUUAAUCGACAGACGAGCACGGCGGAGAAGUACGGCCUCUGGCUGGGCGCUGGAGUGGAGUUGUUUGUCGACACGCAGUCCAACCGCCUUGUCUUGAACCGACACUACCCGCAGUACAUGCUGAGCGGCUACCGCUCGUGCGACUUGCCGGAGAGUGUGCUGCUGCGCCUGCACGUGUACGUGGAUCGCUCGUCGAUUGAGGUAUUCGUCAACAACGGCGAGGAGGUGUUUUCCUCUCGCAUCUUUCCGAGCGAGGGCGACCGCACGCUGCGUCUUUUCUCAAUGAACGGGAGCACGGAUAUGGUGAGCGGGAACAUGUGGAAGCUGAAGGCGACGAUAGAGCACGAGAGAGAAGCGGGAUGA